UCCGGUGAUGGCCGCGGUCGAGCUGGCAGGAGUGGAGCAGGAGGACCAAAACAAAGGCCUUUUCUACCUUUUUGGACACUUUAUGAACACUGUCUUCACUCCUGCGGAGGUUAUGAGGAUGUUUUGAGUUGUUUCCACCGCAUUAGAAUGUUAUAUCGGCCGUUGGAGGCUUUAUAUCAGGGUUUCAGUUCGGCAACGGACCCUCGGUUUAACAGCAGCUGCUGAAAAGAGCUCUGAGCCCGGGCUCUGAUGAGAGUCGGGCGGGUGGGUGUGAGGGAUUGAAAGAGUGUGUAAGUGAUAUUGUGAGUGUGUGAGGGAGUAUAAGAGUGUAUGAAAGCGUAAAAGUGAGUGUGUGAGGGAGUAUAGGAGUGUGUGAGAGUGUGAAAGUGUGUGUGUAAUAGUGUGUGAGUGACAUUGUGAGUGUGUGAGAGUUCGGAUGCUUUAACUGCCAGCGUGCCUGUGUGUUUGGAUAGGACAGUGUGUGUGUGAGAGUUUGUGUGAGUGUGUGUGAUGUCCUGGUUGGGGGGUUUGGGCUCGGGGCUCGGGCAGUCCCUCGGGCAGGUUGGAGGAAGUCUCUCUUCCUUCACCGGUCAGAUCUCCAACUUCACUAAAGACAUCCUGUUGGAGGGAACCGAGGAGGUGGGAGAUGCUGCCACUGAGCUGCAUGUGUCCAACUCGAGGCUGGUGGAGCUGGAGACUUCAUUCGCUACACAGAAAUCUGAGUAUGAUCGUCUGAGGAGAAUAAAUGCUGAACUGGAGGAGAAGUUAGAGGCAGCAGAGAUCCAGGUUAAACAGCAAUCCCUGGAGUACAGGACUGUCCUGCAGCAGAAAGAGGUUGAGAUCAGCCAUCUGAAAGCCAGGCAGAACACGCUGCAGGAGGAGGUUCAGAAGUUCAGAAGUUCUGAUGUUAUCCCUUCCACUUCUGGGCCUGCUGUUCUUCCUGUUACCACUGGAGCCACCACUACGAGUUCCACCACCUUCCUGUCCCGCUCCCCAUCAGCCCAUCAUGGAUUCCAUGGAGACGAGGUGGACUUGAGCGAUGUUUUGUGGUCACAGCAGGAAAUAAACCGCCUAUCCAGUGAGGUGCAUCGUUUAGAGGCCGAUGUUGCCCACUGGAGGAGAGUUGCUCAGGCAUCUAAAGUGCCAGGAGCAGAAAAUGGUGAUCAAGGAGAAAUCUUGAAGCUGCAGAGAACCAUCCAAGAGCUGCGAGAGACGAUGGGCAAAGAGGUUGACGAGCACCAGCAUGAACUGGCCGUGUUGCAGGAUGCUCAUCGGCAGAAACUUUCUGACAUCACAAAACGGCACAGAGAGGAACUGGCAGAGUAUGAGGAGAGAAUCGAAGAGCUAGAGGAGCAAAUACAAAGUGGGGAUGGUGCCACGGUGUCCAUGCCAGCUGCACCACAGGAUUCCUCCAAACUUGAGGAGUUACAGGCCACUAUUCAUUCUCUGCAAGAGGAGGCGAGACAUCAGAAGGUCAAGCAUGAUGAGCUGAUGGCCAGUGUCGAGGAGGCUGAACGUCUCAGGGCGGCAUUAGAACAGGAGAAGGAGGAGGCCAAGGCGGAGAACGCUGAACUCCUGCAGAACUACAGCCGCCUUCAGAGCUCCGUCAGUGAGCUUCAGACUCGAGUGCAGGAGCAGGAGGGCAAAGCCAUGUUCAAAGCCCAGCAGGACAGCGAGAUUCAGGCACUGAAGAAAGCUCUCGCAGCUGCUGAAAAAGAGAUGUCCAGGCUCCAGUCCCUCAGUGAGAGUGAAUUUAAGGCGGAGGUUGAGCAUGCUGACAUUCUAGAGCUUAACACAAUCAUCGGUACCCUGAGUCAAGAGAAGGAGGACCUGGAGAAAGAGAAGCUGGAAUUAGUUGAGAAGUUGAGACUAGCAGAGGAGAGCAAAGAUUCAGCUCAAACUGAAGACCUGCAGCUGGAAGUCUCGGACCUAAAAAGCCAACUGGAUCAGAGAGAGCAGUCUCUAAAGCAAGCACAUCUCGACAUAGGCACACUCACAGCUGAGCUAGAGGAGCUUGACCGGCAAAACCAAGAUGCCACACAGCAUCUCAUCACUCUGAAAGAUCAACUUACUGCACAAAAAUCUCAGACGGAAGCUGAAGUGGCCCAUCUAAAGUCAGAGCUUUCUGAUUCUCUCAGCCAAAAGGAGGUGUUGAAUCAAGAGCUGGAGUCUCAGAAGCAGAAGCUCAGUCAAAGUGCCUUCACCCUUAACGACCUGCACAUGGGCAAGCAGCAGCUGGAGGCCACAGUGAAGGAGCUGAGGGAUAAAUUAAGCAAGUCUCAGGAGCUUGGUAAAGAGGCACGUCUUGAGACCUCUGAGUUGAAGAAGCUUCUGCAGGAAAAGGAAGGCCAGCUUUCUGCUGUUCAUGAAGAGCUUGGUCAUGCUGGGAAACAGGGAAGUGAAGCUGAAAGUCAGAAGAUGUUUCUGGAAGAGCAGGAUAAGGAAAUACAGGAUUUGAGAAGAGAACUAGCGGAGUUAAAGGUCUCAUAUGAAAAAAGGUCGACAGAAGAUUUUGAUUUGAAGAUAGAGAACAAGAAGAUGAAGGAAGAAAGUGUUCAGGCUGUUGAGAGGGUGAAGAAUCUGGAACGCCAAUUGCAGGAUAAUCAGACUUCUGUUAGUAGAUUAGUCUUGGAGAAGGACACUCGCAUCGAAGCUUUGAAGUUGGAGAAGAGUCAGCUAGAAGGAGAACUGAAUCAGUUAGAGAGGCGACUAGCAGAUCAGGCGAAGCAGUAUCAAGGAACCAUCGAGGAGUUGACCAGAGCUCGCUCUAUGGACGCCUCAGCAUUGCAGAUGGAACACGAGCGUGCCGUAAAGCUAAAUCAAGAAAAAGAUCUGACGAUAGGAGAACUAAAACGUGAGAUUGAGCAGAUGGCAUCUGACCACAAAGACACAAGCGAGAUGUUGGACAUUACUGUGGCUGGACAGAAGCAGCUUACUGAGCUUCUUAAAGAGAAGGAUAUUUUCGCAGCAUCGCUCAAAGCUCAAGCUACUGAGAUGCAGAGCGAGCUGGAGGCUGGCAUGCAACAGGCAAAGCAAGACGGCGAUGCCCUCAGGAAGUCUGUAGAGGAGAAAGACAAACAGCUCGCGGCCAUGAAGGAGGAAAACAGCCACCUAAAGGAAGAAAUCGACCGCCUGAGGGACCAGCAGAGCAGACCACAACCGAUGUCUGAACCAAGGACGCUGGACAUAAUCACAGAGCUGGAAACAGAAGUUGCACAGCUAAAAGCAGCCAAAGACAAACUUCAGGAGGAGGCUGAAGCUUUAAGGACUGUAUCGGAGGAGCAGCGUGAAUCGAUGAUGCGAUCCCAACACAGUCUACAGGUGCUGCAGAGUGAGUUAGAGCAGGCCCGGUCGAGACACGAGCAGAGCACACUCAACUACGAAAGGCUAAUCAGCGCCAAGGACGAGGAGAUAACCCAGCUACAGUCAGAGGUUGAAAGCCUUAGCACACAGAGGCAAACUCAACCUCAGACUGUGGACAUCCUUCAAGAAGACAAGACUCGAUCUCUCGGUGGCGAGAACGGCAACGAGAAGCAUGACCUAUCAAAGGUGGAGAUUGAGAGGCUUGUGAAGGGCAUCAAGGAGAAGGAGACUGAGAUCAUCCAGCUGAACGAGAAGAAUCUUUCUUUGACCAAACAGCUGGAUCAGCUCGUGGUCUCCCGCGAUGAACUUGGCAAACUUUCGCAGAUAGUGCUUCAGAAGGAUCUGGAAAUCCAAGCGCUUCAUGCACGAGUUUCCGGGGGAUAUAGUCAGGAUGUUCUUUUGCUCCAGCAGCAGAUGCAAGCUUACGCAGUGGAACGAGAGCAAGUUCUUGCAGUUCUGAACGAGAAAACUCGUGAGAACAGUCAGCUACGCUCAGAAUACCAUCGCAUCAUGGAUAUAGUUGCAGCCAAAGAAGCAGCACUGCUUAAACUUCAGCAGGAAAACCAGCGCAUUUCCACCAUGAGUGACCCUUCAGGCAGCCAGGAAAUGUUCAGAGAGACCAUCCAGAACUUGUCUCGAAUCAUCCGCGAGAAGGACAUCGAGAUCGACGCUCUUACGCAGAAAUGCCAGACUUUGGUCACUGUCCUCCAGUCUUCCAGUGGAGACUCAGGAAGUGGUGGACAGGGUGGUGUGAGCAGCAACCAGUUUGAAGAGCUCUUGCAGGAGCGGGACACCCUCAAGCAACAGGUCAAGAAGAUGGAUGAGUGGAAGCAGCAGGUGAUCACCACAGUGAAAAACAUGCAGCACGAAUCUGCCCAGCUUCAAGAGGAGCUUCUUAAACUACAGGGGCAGGUGUCCGCCGACAGCGACUGCAGCUCCAAACUCUCGGUGGACUACUCCAGACUCAUCCAGAGUUAUGAGCAGAAGGAGAGGAAGCUGGGCUCGCUGAGUCAAGAACUUGCUCACGUACAGCAGACUAUUAGCCAGCUCAGUAGUACCAGAGACGUCCUGCUCGGGAAACUGGACAGCUUUUCUCAGGACUCAGAUGUGUCCAUGCCUUUUGUCCAGAUCGCUGAACAUGUCCAGGUUGCUUCAGCUCCACCUUCCAGUAUCCAGGAUGAGCCUUUACGACAGGACUUGCAAUCCUUACAGAGACUGGUAGCUGAGAAAGAGAGUAUGAUAAGAACACUUCAGGAGAACAACCAUCGCUUAUCGAAUUCUGCGUCGUUGUCAGAGAGUGAACAGAGGGGACAUGUAGAGGAGCUGAGACAGUCCCGGGAGAGGAUCGACACACUACAGCGCUCUCUCAGAGAAAAAGACCUGCUUAUCAAGACCAAGGGAGACCAGCUAAUUCAGGUGAGUGAAAACUUGCGGAACCGAGAAAACGAUAAUGAGGUUUUGAAGCAGGCGGUCACAAACCUGAAGGAGCGAGCUCUGAUCCUCGAGCUGGAUGUCAAAAAGCUGAAAGAAGAGAAUGAAGCAAUUGCAGUGAAAUCUCGAGAGAAGGAGACAGAAUUCCGUGCGCUGCAGGAGACCAACAUGCAGGUGUCACUGUUGCUACGUGAGAGAGAGUUUGAAUGGAGAGCUAUAAGUGAGAAGGCAGCAGCCAUGGAGAAGUUGCUUAAAGAUCGAGAACAGGGUAAGUCUGGGGAGUUGAACCAGCUGCUGAACGAGGUGAGAUCAAUGCAGGAGAAGGCUGUAGCUUUCCAACAGGAGAGAGACCAGGUGAUGAUGGCUCUGAAACAGAAGCAGAUGGAGACGUCAGCCUUACAGAGCGAGCUGCAGCACACUAAGGACAAGGAGCAGAGGCAGAAGUUGGAAUUGGAGCGUUUGCGGAAUCACCUGCUGGAGAUCGAGGACUCGUACACACGAGAAGCACUAGCGGCAGAGGACCGUGAGAGCGAUCUUAGGCGAAGGGUGGCACUGCUGGAUGAGAAGCUGGCAUCGUCCUGCAGCGCAGUGGAGAACGCCAGUCAGCAGGCCAGUCUACAGGUGGAGUCUCUUCAGGAACAGCUGAAUGGGGUGGUCAGGCAGAGGGAUGAGGCCUUGAUCCAGCUCCGUGCUGCUCAGGAACAGGUCAAUCAGUACGCAGUGUCCCUCUCCAACCUGCAGAUGGUGCUAGAGCAGUUCCAACAAGAGGAGAAAGCCAUGUACUCAGCAGAGCUGGAAAGGCACAACAAAGAGAAGGAUGACUGGAGAAGGAAGGCGGAGACACUAGAGGACAAGGCUUCCGCCCUGCAGCUGAACUUGGAUGAAGCGAACGCUGCUUUGGAGUCGGCUUCUAGGCUCACUGACCAGCUGGACCUGAAGGAAGAGCAGAUUGAAGAGCUGAAGAAACAGGUGGAGGUGAGGCAGGAGAUGCUGGAUGAAGCCCAGAAAAAGCUGACCAACCUUCUCAACAGCACAGAGGGCAAAGUGGACAAAGUUCUAAUGAAAAAUCUCUUUUUGGGGUAUUUCCACACCCCUCGAAACAAACGCGCCGAGGUGCUAAGACUUAUGGGCAAUGUUCUUGGUUUGGAACCAGAUGAAGUGGAGCAGAUGUUAAAUGAUGAAGGGAAGAAAGGGGUUACUGGUUGGGUUUCUGGUUGGCUGGGCGGCGGCCGAGCGGUUCAGAGCGUCCCCAACACACCCCAAAGACCCACACACACCCAAAACCUCAACGGGUCGUUCUCUGAGAUGUUUGUGAAGUUCCUAGAAGUGGAGUCCAGUCCAGCAGCUCCUGCUCCUAAACUACCUGUUUACGACAUUAAGCCUCUGAGUGCGCCCCCACCUGGCCGGAGUACUGUAACCGCACCUGCAGCAGGUGCAGCAGGUAGCAGUAAGCGUGGCGGGGAGUCCAAUCCAUUCCUAACUCCUCGCUCUGCCGCCAUCCCUCUGCUGAACCCCGGCGCUCCUGGCGGCAGUGGACCCGCGAGCGGCCACCUGCUCAUGAAGCCCAUCUCGGACGCUCUGCCCACUUUCACGCCCAUGCCUGUGUCUGCCGAGGCCAGCGCAGGGGCCAUCCUCAAAGACCUGCUUAAGCAGUGAGUGCUCAGACAGGCAGCACUGCCACUUAAAGCACUUUAGCCAAUCGGCUGGACACACACACCAGACACUACAGAGUC